AUGCCGCCGACGACAAAUGAUGAAUUUUGGACCACGACUGAAAGCCAGAGGCUGACCGCGGUUACAGAUCACGUCGUCCAAGCCUCGAACGCAGAUAUCACAUCGACAAGGCAGUAUAUGGACAACGAGCUGCUCUCACUUGAACGCUACAGGCUCUCCAUUCUGACCCACAAAAAUCUACUCGCACCCGUCUCUCGUAUACCACCAGAAAUUAUGGCCGCCAUCUUCGCUCUUGUGGCGCCACUCUUAGACUCGCGCCUCGAACUCGAGAGGACCUACAAUAUGGGUCCCUUUCAAGAUCAUGUCGAACAAGAUCGUGCUCGGGAGCUCGAAGAUAUUCGCUCGCUCAUCUCCGCAUCUCAGGCUUGUUCUCGAUGGAGGGAUAUCGCCUUGCGCUGCGCGACGUUAUGGGCUAACGUUUGGCAUGAGAACCCUUGGUGGGGCCAGGAGAUGUUGAAACGUGCACGCAGCGUUCCACUCCAGUUUUUUUCUAUCCACUCAUCCGGUACCGACGCUUCCAUCCGUAAAAUCAUUUCGUCCCACACCUUCCGGAGGUUAUGUGCACCUAUCGACGACACGGACUUAGGAGACGCACUUUCACGCCCUGCACCAUGGCUCGAGAUCGCGCAUCUGGCUCUCGGUGCUCUCCGAACCACUGAUCCUUGCAUUCCAUCCCAUCUCUUCUUCCGAAACGCCCCCCGCUUGCGCUGCUUGCGUAUCGAAGGCGACUUGGGCUAUGGCGAACUGCUACAAUCCCCCAUUCUCCAUAACCUUUCACGCCUAGAGCUCUAUUCUGAACACACGCGCGCCCCAAUUCCGUCCAUCUCGCACCUGCUUGAUGCGCUCAAGCAGAUGCCGCGUCUUCAAGUUCUCGCUCUCGAGGAUGUCCUUCCCCCCCAGCCUCUGCAACUGCAAGCAUCUACAUCUGCUUCGGAAAAUAUUGUUCAAUUGCCGCACCUUAUCCAUCUCAGCCUCCGAGGACUUUCUGGGGGAUGCGUAAAUCUCGCGCAAAACAUUGUUGCUCACCCGGAUUGCCGCCUCGAAUAUUACAUUUGCCAUAACGGCGAUGUCGACCUGUGUUUGCCAACAGCUACCAUUCCUCCCCUUAUCAACGUAGUCCCCGGCUUCUCGUCCAUCCCUAUGCGCGCUCUCUGGAUGGACCUCGAGUCCUGCAUGGCUGAGCCUUAUAUAGCAUGUUGGAAUGUCGGGUUUUCCUGUCUGGGCAGCAGCUUUGAUACGGACAUGAAUAAUGGCAAGAAGUUCGGCGCACAGUACUCUGAUUACGGGGAUACCGGUGAUGCAUACCACAGGGAGGAAGUGGACUAUGACAUCGUGACCCGCAUUUGCGAUCACUUACGGCUGGACUGUGUGGAGGACCUCCGCGUAAACCAGAGGCUCCGCAUCACCAUGUCUCGAUUCGGAUUUUGGCCCCGUCUUCUUCGCCGUCUCCCUCGCCUCGAGAGACUUAUCCUAGGCGCAGCCUCAUCCCUCAAGAUACUCGAACUGAUAGGAAACCCUUCAGCUUUCUCCGCUCAUAUUGCCAUCGAGCAGCAAGCGGAAGAAGACGUUCCACUUGUUCCACUUUUAUUUUGUGUUUGCCUUCCGAAUUGGGGAUUCCAUCCCAGUAAUCCAAUCCCGGAGCGCUUGCUCGACUGCCUCCGCGGCCUUUCCUCUCGGGUCGGAGGCCUUCCUCUACGCGAACUUCAUAUCGUCAAUUGUAGGAUCACCGCAGCCCAGGUCGCUUCUUUCGAGAGUGUUGCAGAGUCGGUGAUAUGGGACGGUAUCACUGGAGGCGACUAUGCCUGCAUAACGUACAACCCUGAUUUCGAUUCUGAUGAAGAUGAAGAUGACGACGACUAG